AUGGCCGACGCCGGGGCGCCCCGAGGGGGCGCGCGCGGCGGCCGCGAUCGGUUCAGCUGGGACGACGUCCGCGCGAGCGCCGAUCGCGAGCAUUACCUCGGACACAGCGUCAAGGCGACGACGGGACGAUGGUGUCGAGGGAAAGAUGUGUUUUGGUACGCCAAGGCGACGACGACGACGGCGAGCGACGACGCGCUCGCGCGAGAGAUCGCGGAGACGCGGGCGCGGGAGGCGGCGGCGAUGGGCGCGGCGUUGGGGACGACGGUGGCGAUCGGGGGGACGGGACGGGACGACGCGGCGGCGACGACGGCGGCGACGACGCGCGACGCGGCGCGGCGACGGACGCGGGAAGAGCGGCGCGCGCGGAAAGCGCGGCGGCGGGAACGGAAACGACGGCGGCGCUCGCGCUCGGGGUCGAGGUCGGGGUCGAGGUCGAGGUCGGAUGACGACGACGACGACGAAGACGAAGACGAAGACGAAGACGACGACGAAGGACGACGAAGAAGAAGAAAAAGAAAAAGACGCGAGCGCGCGCGCGAUGCCGAGCGUGCGGAUCGUUCGAGAGAUCGAUCGGGACGCGGAGGACGGUGA